GGCGGGGCUCCUGAGGUAUCUUCAUCAGUUUUCUGCUAUGGCAAUGUUGCUCCAUCCUUCAGUGCUCAUCUCAAUCUCACCAACUCCUCCACUCUCCACUGACUCCUCAAGGGAGCAAUUCUCUUCUCCUUUGAGUGCUAGUGGGUUCAUUAUUGCGGUGGAUGGCAAUGGGGACGUACUCAUGGUUACCACGGCCUCAUGGCUCAGUGAGGUACUGGAGAUCCAAUUCUUAGAUACAGAGCAGGUAUCAUGGAAAUUUCGUGGUGACAUGUCCAUUCAAGAACCGCAGUUUGUCGUGCUUGUGCAGAGGGCCUGUGAUUCAUCAACGAAGACAUGCCAGAUGAGUGCUUCUAUUGCAAACGUGUGUCUCAUGAAGGAUGUGUUAGUAUUACUAAGAGAAGAACUUCACUCUCUAUCUCACUGGAGAACAGCCAUUGGAGAGAAAGGUGACAGUCCAACAACCCUCACAGAGUCUCUGCUGAUCCCACUCUCUUGUCUGGUACUGUUGAAACUCACCACUUCAACGGAUGCAAGAUUAACCGACAGAUUGUGUUUCACUUUUUCGCCACCUGCUCUGGGUCAGUCCGUCGUUGCUAUUGGUACCCCCUUUGGAGCGUUCUGUCCUGAGGUGUUCUACAACUGCCAAUCACCUGGAACUGUCUGUAAAGUACUGGGGAGUAGAAAUGGAGUGUUAGUGACUGAUGCCAGUCUACCUUGUGGUAGUGAGGGUGCAAUUAUUGUGGCAGAAGCUACAACAGUUUGCGAUACUAACCGAGUCAUCAAUGUGCUGGGAAUGGUCAUUGCAGGUUUAUUAUCCGGGAAUGGUCAUUCCUCUGGACUGUCUCUAGCUUGCUCGGCUCACUCAAUGUGGCAGGCCCUCCACGGUAGUAGUGGUUUGAGUAGAAAAUUGCUCCAGCAGUUAACCCAUCCAAUUGCACAAGAUCUGACUGUUGACAAAGAAUCUCCCCAGAGCCUGAGAGAAGCAGUGGUGUUGGUAAUGAGUGGUGGUGAGUGGGCUUCUGGUAUGCUACUCUCUGACACUGUGGUCCUAACCUGUCAUCAUGUCGUCAAUAACGACAAAGAUAUCACCGUGCGUACUGAAAGCGGUGAAUCAUUCAAAGCACAAGUCAUCUUCACAAACCCAAUACCAGAUUGUGCUCUCCUCAAACUGUCAAUGCCCGUCCACCAUUCUCAUCCACUAAUCACUGCGUCGAAAUCUCCAGACGCCAAAUCUCCACCAGACAAAGUUUACAGCAGUUGCUUCAAAGAACACCCCCAGGCCAUUGAAGGGAGGAGUGUGACUAUCAUAGGAUACGGAUGUCAAGACCCGUACACACCGGGAUACCAUUCUCCUCUCCUGACUAGAGGUUGCGUGAUCAAGGCUGUGUGCAGUGAUGGAGGCCGUGUGGUGAUGUUGGUAACCACAGCUGUGCUUCUCCCGGGCAUGAGUGGAGGGUUAGUAGUGGACACGGUCACUGGGGAACCACUGGGAAUGGCCGUCAGUAACUCAAAGGACUUGGACAGUGGUGUCUGUUAUUCAAAGCUCAACUACUGCCUCCCUCUCUCGUGGAUAAUGCCCCCUCUCGUCCGCUACCUGGUAACCAACAAUGACAAGUGUCUACACAUUUUGACAACUCAAGGAAAGGAGUGCUCUAGCUUUUGGAAUCUUACUUCAUCAGUGUACAAUAAUAGAAUGGCUACGUGUAGUAAACUUUAAUUAAUUAUUGCUUUUUCUCCACGUACAUAGUGUUAAUUUUUAUUACUACUA